AUGAGCUCGCUGCCAAACAUGUCCAUGAUCGCGCGCUGCGGGUCCUGGGAUGGGGGUUCGGGUAUGGGAGGGUUCAAGCGUCAGGCACCCUUCAUCAUCGGUGUGGCCGGCGGCACCGCCUCGGGCAAGACCACUGUGUGCGAGAUGAUCAUCACGUUGCUGAAGGAUCAGCGAGUGGCCAUUAUCUCUCAGGAUUCCUUCUAUCGGCCGCUGUCGCCCGCAGAGAGGGAGGACGUGUCGGAGUUCAACUUUGACCACCCCUCUGCGAUCGAUUGGGCGCUGCUCGUGCAGAAACUCAACUGCCUCAAGGACCCCAAGGCCGGGCCUGUGGAUAUCCCAGAAUACGACUUUGUCACACAUUCCAGGCUCAAGCAAACGACGUCUGUGUAUGGCGCGGACGUAAUCAUUCUCGAAGGCAUCCUCAUCUUCCACAACGUCGAGACGCGAAAUAUGUUCGACGUGAAGAUCUUCGUCGAUGAAGAUGCCGACACACGACUCGCCCGCCGAGUCAUUCGAGACAUUCGCGACAGGGGGCGUGACGUGGUGGGCGUGCUGAGCCAGUACGAGAAGUUCGUGAAGCCCUCCUUCGAGGAAUACGUCUCGCCGUCGAAAAAGUACGCUGACAUGAUCAUCCCGCGAGGGGCGGCCAACAAGGUGGCCAUUGACCUGCUCGUCCAGCAUAUUCAAACCAAGCUGGACGAGAGGAAUCCCAUCAAGGGCAACGCCGCCGCCAAGGGCUCCCCGUGGAAGAAGGGGAUGUGA